AGUGAGCGGUCGCUGCUGCUAGAAGGCCUGGCCUUUGUUUUUGCAGCUGUUUUGCUAUUUCUGCUCAUGAAUUAUAGGUACGGCAGCUCCUGGUGGCCCAAGCAGAUGACGUAAAAAAACCUGCUGCUUACAGCGAAGCACGCGGGUGUCCAUGCGGCCGACAACAGUCAGCGGACCCUUCGUAGUUUGAUGACGCGUACAGGUGGCGCCUAGCAGCCCAAAAACUUCGCUGCCACCAUGCUAGGCAGGACAGCGGUCCGCGCCGCCCGCGGCGGGCCCUGCAGCCCACCCGGCGUCGGCGCCGCCGCGGCAGCGGCCCCAGGCCUCGCAACGCUGCGGGCGGGCCGAGUGCGCGGCACGGUGCUCCUCGCGCUGUCCCCCUCUCAACUCGUGGCAGUGCUGCGGCACGUCAGCGCCGCCAGCAGCGGCGGCGCGGUUGGGGGUCGGCGGCAGGUGGUCGUGUGGGCCGCCGCUGCUAGCAGCAGCCGCAGCGCCAGCGGCGGCGGCAAGGGUGCGGGGGCAGUCGUGGAGAGCGGCCGUGCGCACCGCGGCCCUGGGAGUCGGGCUUCCAACCCCGGGCAGCCGGUGGUGGUGGUGGUGGAGUCUCCCACCAAGGCCAAGAAGAUCCAGGGCUUUCUGGGGGACAAGUACAAGGUCCUGGCCAGCUAUGGCCACGUGCGCGACCUGCCGCCCAAGGCCGGCUCCGUGCGCCCGCCGCCGCCCGCCGCCGACACACCUGGGGAUUCAGCCUCCACUGCGGACCCUGCAGCCUCCGCUACGGACCCUGCAGCUGCUGGCUCGGAGGCUGCUGCUGCUGGUGUUGCGGGUGAGGAGGAGGACUGGUACCUGGACUGGCAGGUGCUGGAUGUGGCCCGGCCGCGUAUGGCCGAGAUCGCGGGCGCCGCCACGGGGGCGCCGCUGCUGGUGCUGGCCACAGACCCGGACCGCGAGGGCGAGGCCAUCAGCUGGCACAUCAGCCAGGAGCUGGAGAAGCGCGGUGUUCUGCGCAAGGUGGGCGGCGUGCAGCGCAUCACCUUCACCGAGAUCACCAAGUCGGCAGUCACCAACGCGCUGGCGGCGGGGCGGCAGGUCAGCCAGCCGCUGGUGGACGCCUACCGCGCCCGCCGCGCCCUGGACUACCUGGUGGGGUUCCAGCUGUCGCCCGUGCUGUGGAGGAAGCUGCCGGGGGCGCGCAGCGCGGGCCGCGUGCAGUCAGUGGCCCUGCGCCUGGUGUGCGAGCGGGAGGCCGCCAUCGAGGCCUUCAACCCGCUGGCCUACUGGUCCAUUGCCGCAAUGCUGGCGCCGCCAGUGGCGGCAGCCGGGGCUACUCCGGCGGGCGCCGCCGGCAAGAGCCGCGGUGCUGCGGCUGCGGCUGCCGCUGCGGCGGCUGGGCCGACGGCGGCGCUGAUCCGGUCUCGGCUGACUCAUGCGGACGGGCGGCGGCUGGGCGGCAUGGACAUACGCAGCCAGGCGGAGGCGGAGGAGCUCGCGAGGAGGAUACAGUCCGGCCCGGUGACUGUGGCGCGCGUGGUGGUGCGGCAGCAGCAGCGGCACCCGGGCGCGCCCUUCACCACCUCCACACUGCAGCAGGAGGCCAGCCGCCGACUGGGCUUCAGCGCGGCACGCACCAUGCGGGUGGCGCAGCAGCUCUACGAGGGCGCAGGCACGGGCGAGGGCCUGAUCACCUACAUGCGCACGGACGGCGUGUCCAUCAGCGCCGAGGCGGUGGCCGAGCUGCGGGCCGCCAACGCAGCCAUGUUCGGGCGCGGCUGCGUGCCGCCGCAGCCCAGGCAGUACAAGAGCCGCGCCAAGAACGCGCAGGAGGCGCACGAGGCCAUCCGGCCCACGCGCCCCGCCGCCGUGACCCCCUCCAGCCUGCCGGCCGCACUGGAUCCGGACCAGGCGGCGCUGUACGACCUCAUCUGGCGCCGCGCCGUGGCCUCGCAGAUGACCAGCGCGGCGUACGACGUGGUGAGCGUGGAGUUUGAGGCGGACGGCGGGCGGCUGGGUCUGCGCGCCUCGGGCCGUGUGCUGCGCGACCCGGGCUACCUGCGCGCCUACAACGACGACGAGCCGGCGGAGGGCGAGGAGCCGGCGCCGGAGGCGGAGGCGGCAGGCGGCGGCGAGGAUGAGGGCGCGGCGGCGCGGGAGAACCAGGGGCUGGCGGCACAGCAGCUGCUGGCGCUGCAGCCCGGGGCGCGGCUGCCGUGCAGCUCUGUGGCUCCCAUGCAGCACGCCACCCGGCCGCCGCCGCGCUUCACGGAGGCCAGCCUGGUGCGGGCGCUGGAGGAGCGCGGCAUCGGGCGGCCCUCCACCUACGCGCCCAUCAUGACGCUGCUGCAGGACCGCGGCUACGUGUGUCGCGAGGGGCGGGCGCUGCUGCCCACCAGCCUGGGCCGCGUGCUGACGUCCUUCCUGGAGCACUACUUCGCCACGUGGGUGGACUACGACUUCACGUCCGACAUGGAAGGACGGCUGGACGACGUCGCGAGCGGCAAGGCGGCGUGGCGGCGUGUGUUGAGCGCCUUCUGGGGCCCCUUCCAGGCCGCGGUGGGCUCCAUGGCAGCAAUCCGCACCACCCAGGUAUACGACAUGCUGGACGCCGCCCUGGACGCCUACCUCUUCCCCAAGCCGCCCGCGCUGCUGACCGCGCCCUCAUCCUCGGCAGCCCCCACCACCGCCCCCACCACCACCACCACCAUUGAUGUGACCCCCAGCCGCGUGGUCAGCGUGCGGGGCUCCAGCGCUAGAUCCGCCGCUGCGUCCUCGUCAGGGAUGGCGGCCCCGCCGGACGCAGCGGGGGCGCCAGGGGCAGCGGCAGGGCCGGCGCCUCAACGCGACCCGCGGCGGUGUCCCAAGUGCGGCGUGGGGCGGCUGGUGCUCAAGCCGUCCCGGUACGGCGGUUUCAUUGGCUGCAGCAAUUUCGCGGAUGAGGCGCUGCAGUGCGACUUCGCCCGCCCGCUGCUGCCCGUGGCCGCCGCUGAGGGCUCCACCGGAAGCGAGUCGGAGGGCGCGGACGGCGGCAGCUGCGUGCCCUUCAACGCCACGGAGCGACUGCUGGGCUCCCACCCCGACACCGGCCAGCCCGUGUACGUGCGCCUGGGACCGUACGGGCUGUACGUGCAGGCGGGAGACGCGCCCAAGAAGGAGCCCAAGAAGAAGAAGACGGUUGGUGGGAAGGCGGCCAAGCCCAAGGGCGCGGCAGCCAAGGGGGGCGCGAAGCGGAAGAAGGCAGCGGCCGUGGAGGAGGACGCUGCGGUGCCGGAGGCGGAGCUGGAGGUUGCAGGGGAGGCGGCGGUGACGAGCACAAGCGAUGUGGAGGCGCUUGCGGGGCCACCGGUGAAGCGCGCCGCGAUCCCCAAGGCCAAGGGCUUUACCAUCCAGUCGGUGACGCUGGAGGCGGCUCUGGCGCUGCUGGCGUUGCCGCGCACGCUGGGGCUGCACCCUGGGGACGGGCAGCCGGUGGUGGCCAACACGGGGCCGUUUGGGCCGUACGUGGCGCACGACGGCGUGUCGGCCAGCUUGGGCAAGCGCGCCACGCCGCAGGAGGUGGACUUGGAGACGGCGCUGGCGCUGCUUGCUGCAAAGCGGGCGCGCCAGGCGGAGCGGGAAGCCAAGGGUCUGCCGCCGCGGGGCCGCCGAUUGGCCAAGCCCGCGGCUGGAGCCAAGAAGGCGACUGCCACCAGAAAGGUGGCCGGGAAGGCGUCAGGAGCAGGCUUGGAGUCCUCGUCAGUAGCUGCGGGUGCCGCCCGCUCCGGCGGCUACACGGCAUUCAUGCGGCAGCGCUGGGCCGAGCUCAAGGCCGCAGACCCGGACGCGGUGUACCGAGAGGCGGUCAAGGGCAUUGCGGCGGAGUGGCGGGCCCUGGGGCCGGAGGCGCAGGAGCGCUACGUGCAAGCAGCGGCGGCAAAGUUGGAAGCGGGCCCAGCAGCAUCGGCAGCAGGUGACAAGGGGGCGGCGGUGCCUUCAGGCAUGUCAGCGCCAAAGCGGGCCACACCGGCUUCUCCAAGCGCCGAGACCGCGGCCAAGGGCAGUGGGCGAGGAGGGAAUCGAACCAGUAGCAAGCGGGCUCCGGCUGUUGCUGCAGGGCGGACGGCAGCUACGAAGUCAGCUGCGGCCGCGGCCACGGCCACCAGCAGAGCCAGGCCGAACCCAUACAUGGCGUUCUGCCGCGAGCAGCGCCCUAUGCUGCAAGCCACCAACCCCGACUCCAGCCUUGGCGAGAUUUCCAAGCUGCUCGGGGCGGCGUGGGGCGCGCUGUCGGAUGCAGAGAAGGCGGCAUACAGGUAGCUGUAGAGGCGGCAUGGCGACAUGAUUGAAUGCGGGGGGCGGGGGGUGUAGAUACCAGAGCAAACGGGGGUGGCGAGUGGCUAGCUAGGUAAGGAAGGGAUGCUGCUGGCGUGCGCGGUUUACCAACCAGAGGUGCAUAGUCCGUAACAGGACUCGGUGGGCCGUGGGAGGAUGCUGUGAUGACACACGCGCUGGAGGCGGUGGCAUCAGAACUCGGCUCCCUGUGCAUCUUGGAUUGUUGCAGCGGUGGAUUCAGGAGUACGUCUGUCAGGCUGUAAUCCGUGCUGCUG